AACAUCAAAUGGAGGGAAGGAGAGAAAUGAAAGAGAAAAAAAGAGGAGAAAUAAAAGAAUGGGCAUAUGAAGAUUAAAAAGAAAUUAAACUAUAGUACAAAUUGUACAAAAGAAGGGUGGAGAAAUAUAAAAAGAAUCUGGCCAAGGCUACGGGAAAAUAUAUUCUAUGCUGUGAGAGAUCCUGGACUGAAGCUUGGAGGGAGGGAUGUUACACAAGUGGAAAUUUGGGAAUUGUCCUUUCCUUGGUGCUCAAGUGGGACUUCAUAUGGAGUAUCUAGUUACCUUACAGCCUAUGGUUGAUUACUCAUGCACUCCUGAAGAAGUACAGCAGCACUUCCAGGCUUGUGGAACUGUGAACAGGGUUACCAUUCUCACUGACAAGUUUGGUCAGCCAAAGGGAUUUGCUUAUGUUGAAUUUCUCGAGGUUGAAGCUGUUCAGGAGGCUCUUCAAUUGAAUGAAUCUGAGCUACAUGGUCGCCAGCUGAAAGUGUCUCAAAAAAGAACUAACGUUCCUGGACUGAAGCAGUUUCGUCCACGGCGCUUCAAUCCUUACAUGGGAUCUCGAUUCAGGAGGCCAUUUAUGCCAUAUUACUCUCCUUUUGGCUAUGGGAAAUUUCCCAGAUUUAGGAGGCCAAUGCCGCGGUAUAUGCCCUACUACUAGAAAUUUGGAGGGUCCAGUUUAGGGCCACGUAGAUAAUCUCUAGAAUAAACUUAUUGGGAUAUACUUGCUACAAGUACCUCUCUUAUCAAUUAGCUUGAAAUCUUACCAGAGAACGCUAAUCUUUGGUUGUUGUGACUUAUUGGAGUGUAUGAAAUGGUUACUUGCAAAAUGCAGUAUGGUUUACUGCUCACCUACCUAUGUGAUAUAAGCUGGUGGUUUUUGGUGGGUUUAA